CCAGCGGCCGAGGGCGCGGCCUGCGGGGGGCCGCGGGGCCAGCCGUGCGCCCCGGGGCUGCAGUGCCGCGCGCCUCCCGGCCUGAGGCGCCUAGGCGGGUCCUGGCUGGGCACCUGCGGAUGCCCCGCGGCUGGGGCGGCCGUGUGCGGCAGCGACGGGCGCACCUACUCCAGCCUGUGCGCGCUCCGGGCGGAGAACCGCGCCGCGCGCCUCCGUGGCGCGCUCCCGGCCGUGCCCGUGCAGAAGGGGGACUGCGAGGACCCAGGGACCAGCAGGGCGGGCCGGCUCAGGAGCCGGUACAACUUCAUCGCCGCGGUGGUGGAGAAGGUGGCGCCGGCAGUGGUUCACCUGCUGCUGUUCCAAAGGUCGCCUCUCAGCAGCAAGGACAUUCCCACUUCCAGUGGCUCUGGGUUCAUUGUAUCUGAGGAUGGGCUCAUCAUCACCAAUGCUCAUGUCAUCACGAAUCAGCAGCGGAUUCAGGUAGAGCUCCAGAGUGGGGUCCAGUAUGAGGCCACUGUCAAGGACAUCGACCAUAAAUUGGAUCUCGCCCUGAUUAAGAUUGAGCCAAAUACUGACCUUCCUGUGUUGCUGCUGGGAAGAUCAUCUGACCUUCGUGCUGGAGAGUUCGUGGUGGCCUUGGGCAGUCCAUUUUCUCUGCAGAACACAGUGACCGCAGGAAUUGUCAGUACUACACAGCGAGGGGGCAAAGAGCUGGGCCUGAAGGAUUCAGACAUAGACUACAUCCAGACUGAUGCCAUAAUUAAUCACGGGAAUUCUGGGGGACCUCUGGUGAACUUGGAUGGUGAUGUGAUUGGCAUAAAUACAUUGAAGGUAACUGCAGGAAUCUCCUUUGCCAUUCCCUCAGAUCGAAUUAGACAGUUCUUGGCAGAACACCAUGAUCGCCAGUUGAAAGGAAAGGCUCUUUCACAGAAGAAAUAUCUGGGUCUGCGAAUGCUGCCCCUCACUAUGAACCUUCUUCGAGAAAUGAAAAGGCAAGACCCGGAUUUCCCUGAUGUGAAUUCCGGGGUUUUUGUCUAUGAAGUGAUUCAAGGAACAGCUGCUGAAAGCUCUGGGUUGAGAGACCAUGACGUGAUUGUCAGCAUAAAUGGGCAACCUGUUACUACCACAACUGAUGUUACUGAAGCUGUUAAGGACAGUGAUUCCCUUUCCAUCGUUGUUCGUCGGGGAAGUCAAACUUUGUUCCUGACUGUGACACCUGAAAUAAUUAAUUAAUUAUCUUGCCUUAAAAAGAGAUUACCUAACAAAACCAAAGUUAUAUUACCUGGUUUGUA